ACCCGCGCAGGCCCAGUGGCCGAACGGCGACCUGGGGCUACCCCGCCAGCUCCAGCGCCGCUUCCUUGGUCACUGCCCGGGGAGAGCCGGAGGAUGAGCUGAACCUCGCAGCCGCUGCUAUCUCCAGCGCUCAUCACAGGGCAUGGUGUCUAUCUGAAGAAUAUUUUACUUUCAAAGGAAGGAUGCUGUCUCCAGAUGAUAAAAUGUUAGGAAAACUGGAUCCAUUUUAUCGAUCUUCAGUGUCCAAGCAGAAGACCAGUGCAGAAAUCAUAAGUGAAGCACGAAAUGCAUUAAGAACAGUUAGAACCCAAAGACCAUUUACACCACAGGAAGCCCAAAGAAAACUAUUCGGACCUGCAUCCUCAAGAACGUCAGAAAAUAGACCUCCUUCCUCCUUCAGCCUCCAUGCAUCCAGUUUUGAGUCAUCUGAUUCCAGGCCUAUCUCUGGCACACGUCUUAGUCCACUAGAGCUGAAACCGAAAGUUCCAGCAUCUCCCACCAGAGAGGAGGAUUCCUGCUUUUCCUUUCCUAAGCCCCCAGUGGACCCUGCGAAGAUUAGAAGAAUAAGCAGUGCCAGGGCUCGCUUAUUCAGGGCUGCCUCCCAGGGGGCCCUUCUGCCGGACAGAUCCCUUCCUCCCUCUGACUCAAAGAAGACAGUGGAAUCCAAAGAAACAGUUAUGAUGGGGGACUCUGUGGUGAAAAUAAAUGGGAUUUAUUUAACAAAAUCAAAUGCUAUUUGCCACUUAAAGAGUCACCCACUUCAGCUAACUUAUGAUGGAGGCUUCAGUGAAAUAAAGGAGCAAGAAAUGUUCAAAGGAACAACAUCCUUACCAUCUCAUCUCAAGAGUGGAGGGGACCAGGGGAAGAGACAUGCAAGGGCCUCGUCACGCCCCAGUAGCUCAGACCUGAGCAGGCUGCAAACCAAAGCAGUCCCAAAAGCUGACCUGCAAGAAAAGGACGCAGAAAUAGAAGUAGACGAAGUCUUUUGGAAUACGAGGAUUGUACCGAUUUUGCGUCAAUUAGAAAAGGAAGAAAACAUUGAAACGGUUUGUGCUGCUUGCACAGAACUUCAUCAUGCUUUAGAGGAAGGAAACAUGCUUGGAAAUAAAUUUAAGAGAAGAAGUAUUCUCCUGAAGACCCUAUGUAAACUAGUUGAUGUUGGUUCAGACUUGCUCAGCCUUAAACUUGCAAAAAUAAUUCUAGCACUUAAAGUGAGUAGAAAGAAUCUUCUUAAUGUCUGCAAACUUAUAUUUAAAAUUAGCAGGAAUGAGAAGAAUGAUUCUUUGAUUCAAAAUGACAGCAUUCUGGAAUCAUUGUUGGAGGUACUAAGAAGUGAAGACCUGGAAACUAACAUGGAAGCUUUUUUAUACUGUAUGGGGUCUAUAAAGUUCAUUUCUGGAAAUCCAGGAUUUCUUAAUGAAAUGAUCAGCAAAGGUGCUGUGGAAAUACUGAUAAAUUUGAUAAACCAAAUAAAUGAGAACACCGAGAAAUGUGGUACAUGUUUGCCUAAUUCGGGCCACUUGCUAGUCCAGGUGACUGCUACGUUGAGAAACUUGGUUGAUUCACCAUUAGUAAGAACUAAGUUCCUAAGCAUCAGUGCCCUUCCCCAGCUCUGUACGGCGGUGGAACAGUACAUGGGUGACAAGGACGUCUGUACCAAUAUUGCCAGAAUAUUCAGCAAACUUACUUCUUACCGUGACUGCUGUGCAGCCUUGGCCAGCUAUUCCAGAUGUUAUGCCUUAUUUCUGAAUCUAAUUAACAAAUACCAGAAGAAGCAGGAUUUAGUCGUCCGUGUUGUUUUUAUUCUUGGCAACCUGACGGCGAAAAAUAACCAGGCUCGUGAACAAUUUUCCAAAGAGAAAGGGAGCAUCCAAACUCUGCUGUCAUUAUUCCAGAUGUUCCAUCAGCUGGAUCUGCAGUCCCAGAAGCCGGUGGGCCAACGAGGCGAGCAGCACAGGGCGCAGAGGCCACCGUCAGAGGCAGAGGACGUGCUCAUCAAGCUGACCCGCGUGCUGGCCAACAUUGCCAUCCACCCGGGCGUGGGCCCGGUACUGGCCGCCAACCCGGCGAUAGUGGGCCUGCUCCUGACCACGCUGGAAUACAAGUCACUUGAUGAUUGUGAGGAGCUGGUGAUCAAUGCUACAGCAACAAUCAACAAUUUAUCUUACUACCAAGUGAAGAAUUCCAUAAUUCAAGACAAAAAGCUAUAUAUUGCUGAAUUGCUCUUAAAACUUCUUGUCAGUAACAACAUGGAUGGAAUCCUGGAGGCUGUGCGUGUUUUCGGAAAUCUCUCCCAGGACCGUGAUGUCUGUGAUUUCAUUGUGCAGAACAAUGUCCACAGGUUCAUGAUGGCGCUGCUGGAUGCUCAGCAUCAGGAUAUCUGCUUUUCUGCCUGUGGUGUUCUCCUCAAUCUCACUGUGGAUAAAGACAAGCGUGUCAUCCUGAAAGAAGGAGGUGGCAUCAAGAAGUUAGUGGAUUGUUUAAGAGACUUUGGUCCUACUGAUUGGCAGCUGGCCUGCUUGGUUUGUAAAACUUUAUGGAACUUCAGUGAAAACAUCACUAAUGCUUCGUCAUGUUUUGGAAAUGAAGACACCAACACACUUUUACUCCUGCUCUCAUCAUUUUUAGAUGAAGAACUAGCACUGGAUGGCAGUUUUGAUCCAGACCUAAAAAACUAUCACAAACUCCACUGGGAAACAGAAUUCAAACCUGCGGCACAGCAGCUUCUCAACCGAAUUCAGAGACAUCACACCUUCCUAGAACCCCGGCCCAUUCCCUCUUUCUCACAUGAUGCAGGUGAACAGUAGAAACAGGAAGUCACGUCUCCCUCAUUCUUAAGAACUGGUAACAAAUGUGAACAUUUUUUUCAGGAUUAACAAACGUGGAAAGUUUUUCAAGAACUGGUUUUAGUGAGUAGCCGAAGUAUUUUUUAAAAAUAAGCAUUUCUUCUUGUUAGGUAUUAUGGAAAAAUGUAUAUACAUGUUAUAUUUCCUGUUAUGAGAAAUGUAAGAUGAAAAUAUAUGCAUUUUUAAGUAAAUGACUUUUUCUUCUAUUCUCUAUUAAACAAUUUAGUUCUAGUCUUAAAAUCUUGAUUUAGCAAUUUUGGAAUUAAAGUGUUCAUAAGUUAAAUGAACUGUGCAAUGAAGGCUGUUAGAUUAUAUAGAAAGAAGGGUAGUCAACGUGAGUGGAACAUGUUACAACAUAGGAUCUAUACUAAUUCUUACUACGUCAAAUAAUAAGGGUUCUCAUUUGGUACCAGUACCUUUUUGGUCCUCAUAUUAAGAGAAGGAGUAAGCAGAAAAACUUAAAGAAAACUGCUUUGGGCCAUUUGUUCUUUAUUAAAUAAAUAAAAUAGAUUAAAAUGAGAGUUAUCUUUUCAUUUGAAAUAAAAUGACUGGACUAAGACGGUCCUUCUAAUUGUAACUCUCCGUGUUUGACAGGUGAUGUAAUGUAUUAGAAAGAAUGCAGGCUUAGGUGAAUGGUAGACCUGAAUCUGAAUCCACGCUCUCCCCUGCUACCUUUGGAGCAAGUAACUUAAUUUCUUGAGCUUCAACUGUAAAAUGGGAAUCAUAUGUAUUUUACUGUAGUGUAAUUUGGAACAAACCAUUAAAUGGGCAAAUGGCCCAGUCCAGUG